UGCUUGUGCUGUGCGUGUGUGUCUUGGUUGCAUCGAGUCACAGAUUUCGAGUAAAUUCUUUUAAUCGGUUAUGUUUGGAGUAGAGCCUCUAAUUGAAGUGCUAUCUCAGCCGCCGUGGGAUAGUCUUUGGCUGCUUCUGUUCUGCAGCUUGAUCGACGGCAUAGCGCCAGGGGUGUUGAUGUUUUGGGUCUAACCUCCGCAUCAUUUUAUCUGAACAUGGAGGGCGACGAACUCGGUAAUGAGCUCGUCCGAUUAGACGGAGGCUUCUUGGUCGAUGACGAGACUUACGUUGUUCAUUCAGACGAUGUACUCGAUCAAGAAGAGAAUAAUUCUGACUCUUGCAUGGGCAAACAUGCACCACUUAGGGAACAGGACAGAUUUUUACCCAUAGCCAACAUUGCAAAGAUUAUGAAGAGGGCCAUUCCGGAAAAUGGAAAGAUAGCUAAAGAUGCCCGAGAAUGUGUUCAAGAAUGCAUCUCAGAGUUUAUUUCAUUUGUCACUAGUGAGGCCAGUGACCGUUGUCAGGUGGAGAAGAGAAAGACCAUAAAUGGGGAAGAUGUCCUGUUUGCUAUGAAUACACUGGGUUUUGACAACUAUGUGGAACCAUUGAAACUCUAUUUGAAGAAAUAUAGAGAGAUUGUGCUUUCUCCUGUAACAAUUCAGAAAAUUAACAAAACAAUAGUGCUGUAUGAAGAUGGAAUACCAGACCAGGCCGAGAAUGACAAUGAGACACAGACUGAGACCACAGUGAUAUACACGUCAUACCCUAAAGGCAUGGACGAGUUCACACUGGGAUGAGAUAUGAAAACUCAACUUAUCAAGUUAGCUAAGGGCCAUGCAGACAUUGUAGCAAAUAUUGAGUGUACACCACAAAAGUGCUGGUUUCAAUUUAACCCUUUGAUCGCCACGCUUAUCGCGUGCGGCGCGUCAUCAGGAACCUUGACGGAACGGGUCAAACACAAAACUGUGUUCACGUCUUUCCUGUAGAAAUACCCAAAAGUUAAGGGCUGUAAAGGUUAAUUUUCUUAUUUAACCCUUAUCCACAUGAAAAAGGAGGUAAAACUGUAGGUACAGGUUUGCUGACCACAAGUUUUCUCUCUUGUGAACAAUAGUUAACAGCUUGUGGGCAUGUAGGUGACGAUUUUAUCAUACUUAUUAAAAGGAGUGCCUUUUCAUGCGGAUAAAAGGGUUAAAUAAGAAAAUUAACCUUUAUAGCCAUUAACUUUGAGUAUGUCUACAGAAAAGACGUGAACACAGUUUUGUUUGCUCCGAAUGCACAAAGGCUGUAGUCGCGCGCGUCAGUUGACGUCUAGCGUCUUGGACGGUCAAAGGAUUAAUAAGAUGUUGCAAAAGUAACUAGAUGAAAAGUAGUAUUGAAAUCCAUAAGAUUAUCACAAAUAAUUGGUUACCUAAAAGCAUUGUCAACUGAGAUAUUUUCAAAUGAUUUCUUUUAUAUUUUUCAUCUUUACAGGUUAAGUGGAACUUUGAUAAUGAUUGAUGACUGUAUGUAAAGAUGAUUAACAUAGUACCUGUUCAAAAAUAAUAUGAGUGAGUCAAAUUUUUAUUCUUUCAUCAGCAAUGAUUGUUGUAGCAAUACUGAUUCUAAAACACGUGGAUCAUGUUUUUAAAAAUAAAAUAAAAUUUAGCAAACAAUAUUAUUUAUAUGUAAAUUGCAGUGAUAUAAACUGACACACUACUAGUAGGUAUAAAUAUUUACGACGUUGUUUUGUAUACUUAACAUUUCUACUGCUGUACUUACCUACUAAACAUUUUAUAUUUCUUACUUUCUGAUUAUUCUUGUAAAAUAUAGGAACUUGAAAGCUUUUUUACGUAAACUAAAACUGCCUCUAAAUUAUUGUUUUAAUCUCAUUUGUAAUGAUCCAAAAAUAUUUAGCAGACUAUUCUAAACCUACAUAUUUUUUACUGAUGCUAGAUUUUUGAAGAACAGUAAAAUUCACAGUAGACGUUUACCUAUAUGGUGGAAAUGCAAUUUUUUUGUCAUACAAAAUAUUCUACUUUUGCGAAGUGAGUCAGUUGACCUACUCGAGUUUUUUAAAAUUUCCACUAAAAUAUUUUGUAUAGUACUUAUAUUCAUUUAACUCAAACGUUUUGAAGUAGCUGUUAGAACUAGUGAUUACAGUAGAGCCUAACUAAUCUGGAGUCCCGAUAAUCCGUCGAUCACGGUAAACAUAAACAGGACGAACGCGAGCCGCGCGGAACGGAGUAAUUUCACUUUGCGAGAGUAUAAAAGCCCGUAACCAGAAAGAGUGUUUAUCCGUUUUUCACUUCGAAGCAAUAUGAAUUGAAUAAUAAUAUUAAAUUUAUUUAUUUUGAAAUAAAAUCCUAUUGCUAACACGUAAAUUUUACUUUAAUUUAUUCAUUGAUGAUUUUUGGACGCUUAGGGAGGUAGCACAUUAUAUGCAGCGAUUCAGUAGCGCUGUAGAAUCGUGUUUACUUGUGCGAGGGUAUAUAACAUAUGACCAGCGACAGCAUCGCAAGUGUAUCGAUACUGUAUCGCGGUUGCAUCGCUGCAAAAAGUCGCCGUGUGUUAGGUACCUUCCUUAGGAAGCAAACGACAUUAUUUUUAAGUACUUGGUAAUCCACCAAGUGUGUAUUUUGCCUAUCCAGAUUGGCAUUGUCUUACUGUAAUUUAUGUUUGUGUGUAACUGGCUAUUUUUAUUUACAAACGUAAUUUAUAACAAGAUUUAAUUUAAGUAUUCUUUCUUCUUUAAGUAUAAAUAGACAUUGUAUUGUGGC